UAGAUGUGUCUAUGCGUCUUGUUUUUCUUUUUUUUUUUCCCUUCUCGUUUGAUGUCUGUUGCUUGUGAUUUUUAAAUUGUUUGUUUGUUUUUAGUGCAAAUUUAAAAUGAAAAUAAAAAAAAAAAAUACUCGCCGACUGUGUUGAUGUUUGUCGCUUGCACUUUGUGUGAACUUGAUCUGGUGUCGAAACUGAAUGUUCAUGUCACGUUUUACGUGAGUUUUGUCCUCAUGCAACCCUAAUAACACUUCAUUUGAGUUCUACAUAUUUAUACUUCAAAUAGUUGUGCAAUAAUAAUAUAGAAGGAUUUCAAAUGCCAUAGUACUUACAAGAAUACUAUCACCUCAGUAACAUCAGUUAUUGAACUUAGAUUUUCUCAUUUCAUUUGCAAAAGUAGAGCUGACUGUGUUUCUGUGGUGUGUCUUUAUGUGACUGUUUCAUCUACUGGGUUUUGCACCCCCAAAAAAGUCUUGAUGACUCUUAAACUCUGUUAAGGUCUUUCACAAGCAAGUCAGUAUCAUAAGUAAUAAGUGAUCAGAUUACUGUAGCAUUUUUCAAAUGGCUAAAGACACAGAAAACUAGAAACAAUUGAAAGGAACAGAAAAAAGCAUGAUUAUAACCUAUGUUUUCUGGAGUAAAAGAAAAUAUGGAUCAUUAUCUCACACUACUGAAAAAUACACUAAUUUCAAACAGCAGUACUACCAGACCUCCUGAUUGACUCAAGUAGAAUCACCACAGAAGAAGAUGACAUGACUAACACGGCAAUCACCUUCAUCCUUCUCUUCCUCCUCACUCUGGUCUUCUCCAUCGGGACCACUGCAUUUAAGGUCAAAUGAAACCAGAAGUACAUAAAAAGGACAUUUGAUAGAUUAAAAAAAAAAAUACAAAAACAUCUUUUUUUCUGAAAUUUUCUUAUACUUUUUAUAUCAUGUAAGUAAUUGCAAAUGAUAUUUGUCGAUCCUUCCAAAUCUCAAAGCUUCAAAUCAUUUUGCGAUGCAGUUUUGAAAGAGGAGAACUGCUUUACUCUUUUUAUUUCUUUACAAUAUUUUAACACUGUUCUCAGUUGUGUAUUUUUUGCUUGACAUUCUUGUUCUCAUCACACCACCAGCACCUGGAAUCAAUGACCCAUGUUCAACUCUGCAUGUAAAUUAGCACUUUUCGCCUCAUGGUUACUUUUUUCGGUCUGUUAUUACUGGACUUGAAAACUAAAAUCUUUGGCAAAGUAACGAGAGAUUGUCUGUGUGAUGUCUUAUGUAAAGCAACCUGAGAUAUUUAGAUGUGUUCUCUGUUUCUCUUACUGGCAUAACUGCACCUCACACCUGCUGUCUGUGCUGCUCUGUUGCUCUCUGCUCUGUUUCACUUCUGCUUUUCGGUCCCGUUUUGGACCUGGGUGUUACACAAGCCUUCCGCUCGUUGCAUGCCCUGGUCGCUCUGCUCUGUCAAGCUCAACAUCUGUUCAACAGACUUUUAAAACUAUUUUUUGCUACUUUUAUUUUAUUUUUUUUUGUUGUAUAAUGUGGGAUAUAAAACUCUGCCAUCUAAUGUAAAUAAAAGCAAACUGCACCUGAAAUUCAGAGUUGGUUAUUAGUUAAAGUUGGUUGUUAGUUAAAGACCACAGCAUGAAGGUAUGUAUGGAUUAACUUUAAUCAGAUUUCAUCUUUAUAGAACCCCUGCUUAGCUUUGUAAUGUCAUGCAAUCUCCUCUCUUCCACAGCUGCCCGGAGUAAUCCCCCAAACAUCACCUUGUACCCUGUUUGGGAUGGAGAACUCAAUAUUUCUAAUGUCAGACUUGUCUGCGCUUUGAGCGACUACUUUCCCAAGGACCUAACAGUGGAGUGGUACAAGGAGAACCAGCUUCUAUCAAGCAAGCAAGAUGUGAGAAAUUUUAUAAGCGCAAAUGAGGAGGACAAAACCUACACUCAAACCACUGAGAUUAUUCCAGACAAGGAAGCAUGGAUGAAAGGAUCAACAUUUAAGUGCAAGUCUAUUCACAAAGCCAAAAAUUCAACAGAAACAAUAAACAUCUGUCAGAUCUAUGGAAAAUACAAGCCUCCCAUUAAUAUGGAGAUCCCAAAUUUCAUGAAAGUGACGACAGAGUCUGAAGUGGAAGCAAAGUGUUCCAUGACCACCGUGCUUAAUCCCAAUCUGACCUGGGAAAUGGACGGGGUUCCAGUGCAGCAUACAAGCCUAACAAGAAAUGACAUGUUUGUAAGCACUACACUGAAGGUUUCAUCGGAGAUAUGGGCAAAAACGAAAACAAUUCAGUGUAAAGCUGAACAUCUUUGCUUCUCAAAUACGAAGGCCGUUAAUAUUUCAGGGCCUCCAGUUACACGUCCACGGGUGGAGAUCAGAAGAUCCUUCUCAGAGCUGCUGAAGGAACAAAGUGCCGUCUUCCAGUGUGAUGUCUCACAGCUCUCCCCGCAGGACCUCUAUGUCACAUUUCAAGUGAACGGAGCUGAUGCUUCGCAAAAAUAUUAUAUUAAUCUUCCUGAAGGAUCCGGCCCUCAUUCAGUCAGUAGAAGUUUCUCUGUUCCUAGAAACUCCUGGAAAAGUGACACAAAUGUCUCGUGCACAGUGACCCAAGGCUACUCCAACAGUCCCUUCAAGUCAAAUUUGAUGAGCAGAAUUUUUGUGGAGCCCACAGUGGAAAUUCAUCUUGCUCCCAGUGAAGGAUUUGAGCAACAAACACUAGUGUGUUCUGGACGCGGCUUCGACCCACAAAUCAAAUGGUUUAACGGGUCAAAGGAAAUAAACCCAUCAAAUCCAGACUUCAGUAUGAAUAACAACGGUCUUGCUGCUGUGAUGAGUCAACUGCAUGUUGAUCAUGCCGAGUGGAAAAGAGGAAUGGUAUUUACAUGUGAAGUGUCUGACAGUUCUCUAAAGAAAAAUGUCGAAAAGGAUAUCAGUGUCUGUUCAGUUACGCCAAAAUCUUCUCAUAUGGUCGCCGUCUAUAUUCAGAGACCUAAACUGGAGGAACUCCAAAAGGGGGGACGGGUGACUGUUACAUGUCUUUUUGUUGGGACUAGUCUUUGUGAUUUCUCCAUAAUCUGGAAAGUUGGAGAUCACCAAGCUUCCCCAAGUAAUAUCAAUAUGGAAAAACCUGUGAGUCACAACAACGGAACGGAAACUUUACACAGCUCCCUCUAUGUGUCAGCAGAGGACUGGCACUCAAAUAAGCAAGUGUCUUGUGAGGGAAAACAUCUGUGUUCCACCAAAAGCUAUAUAGACUAUAUCAGCAAAAGUACAGAUCUGUAUCAGCCAGUUCUGAGGAUAGUGGAGCCAACUUUUGAUGAGCUGUAUACAUCUGACAGCGUCACGCUUACUUGCUUAGUUUCAGCAUUUUUUCCAUCUGACAUCAUUGUUCAGUGGACAGAAAAUGGCCAACAACUCCCAGCAUCUCGCUAUAUUGACAGUCCUUCUUGGAAGGAACCGGGAACACGCUAUUUUUCAAUGAGGAGCAGACUAAAUGUAACUAAGGCUGAGAACAAUAACUCAACUUACUCUUGUGUCGUCAGACAUGAAUCCUCUGAGACUCCAUUUGAAACCAGCAUAAGUGACGUGUUUGCCACUGUGAGGUACACCAAACCCUCAGCCGUCUUGCUCCGGGGAGAGAACGAGCUCAUGUGUCUGGUCUCGGGCUUCAACCCAAAAUCCAUCAAUAUCACUUGGCUCCGCAGUGAAACCACAGAGCUGUCGGACUACAACACAACCGAGCCCUACAUAGGGCCAGAUAGGAAAUUUAACAUUCUUAGCCGCCUUCGCCUUGCGCCAAUUGACACCUUACCUGGCGUGGUUAUCACCUGUCGGGUGACACAUGAAGGCGCCACCGUCUCAGUGAACAUGUCUGAACCAGACACGCUGGAGAACUGUAGCUUCUUUGAUGCUAUCAAAGACAUUGAUGUGAGUCAAGAUACAAUGAAGGAAACCUGGACUAUGGCACUAACUUUCCUCUGCUUUUUCCUCUUCACCAUCAUAUUUUCUCUUGUUGUCCUCAUCAUUAAGACAAAAUAGUGACAAUCAGAAGACAUUUUACAUUUUUUUUCAGUUUGGUGUGCAUAGAGUGGCUCAUUAUUUUUUUAAUUUUGCUUUUUUUCUUUUGUGUUCUUUGUUCUAGUUUAUAGCAAAUAUUUUUGGAGAGUUAUCGUGUUUCUCUUCUGUAUUUGGUGUGAGAUGUAAAUGCUGUUAAGAUAAAUAAAAUUAAUGAUACUACCGUG